CCAGGCUACUUCCGGCAGCGCAAUGGCUGGAUUCCCGGGACUCAAACGGAAGUUCCGGCGGGGGCGGCCGAGGGGGAAGAGUGUGUGUCUGUGCGGGAGAAAGAGGAGAAUCUCCCGAGAGGUCUCGAAACCCCCAGGGAGUGGAGGCCCCAGCCGUGGAGCCCUGAGGUGUAUGUGUGGUAACACCAUGUCUGUGCCCCUGCUCACCGAUGCUGCCACUGUGUCUGGAGCUGAGCGGGAAACGGCUGCGGUUAUUUUUUUACACGGACUUGGAGAUACAGGACACAGCUGGGCUGAUGUCCUCUCCACCAUCCGGCUCCCUCACGUCAAGUACAUCUGUCCCCAUGCGCCUCGGAUCCCUGUGACACUCAACAUGAAGAUGGUGAUGCCCUCCUGGUUUGAUCUGAUGGGGCUGAGUCCAGAUGCCCCAGAGGAUGAGGCUGGCAUCAAGAAGGCUGCGGAGAACAUCAAGGCCUUGAUUGAGCAUGAGAUGAAGAAUGGGAUACCUGCCAAUCGCAUUGUCCUGGGAGGCUUUUCACAGGGUGGGGCCCUGUCCCUCUACACAGCCCUCACCUGCCCCCACGCUCUGGCUGGCAUUGUGGCAUUGAGCUGCUGGCUGCCUCUGCACCGGGCUUUCCCCCAGGCAGCCAAUGGCAGUGCCAAAGACCUGGCCAUCCUCCAGUGCCAUGGGGAGCUGGACCCCAUGGUGCCCGUGCGGUUUGGGGCCCUGACGGCUGAGAAGCUCCGGACUGUUGUCACGCCUGCCAGGGUCCAGUUCAAGACUUACCCAGGUGUCAUGCACAGCUCCUGCCCUCAGGAGAUGGCAGCCGUGAAGGAAUUUCUUGAGAAACUGUUGCCUCCUGUCUAACCAGUCACUGCCCCCCAGCGCAGUCCCCCAGCUUGUGGGGGACCCAGCACGCGUGGCACCAUCUUGGAUCUGAGCCGGUCGAGCCCCUCUCUUCACCUUCCCCCAACCCACCUCUUCCCACAAGCCUCUGGGGCAGGCACGCUCUGCUGUGGCAGGGGGUGGGCAGCUUUCUCAUCCCCUUUCCCUGGAGGUGGGCCCCGGCAGCAGUAUUGGAGGGGCUGUCGGCAGCGGGAGGAAGGGGCCCAGCCGCUGACCCACUCACUCAGGACCUCACUCACUAGCCCCGCUUUGGGCCCCCUCCUGUGACCUCAGGGUUUGGCCCAUGGGGCCCUCCCAGGCCCCACCUACCGAUCCCCCCUCCCAAACGAAUCUGCCCAGAUAAUCGUGUGUUUCCUGCCUCCACUCAGCUGCUUCUCGAUCAUGAAUGUGUCCGUGGCUCCGGGGCCCCCUUGCUGCUGUGGUCCACCUGUCCUGGGCAAGAGUGCUGGUUGGGGGUGGAGGCCUUGGCGGGGGGCCUGCCCUUGGCUGCUCCCUCUCCACUCCCCACUCGGGGGCUGGGCCCUGCCUCCCACCCCCUUUCCUGGCAGGCCUGGAGCCUGCAGGGCUGGGCUGAGGCUCAAGGUCUCCCCUGGCUGUCCCACCCACACUGUCUCUGCUCCUGGGCCAGGGGCCCUGGGGGAGGAGGGUGUCUCGUCUUCUGUCUCCAUGUUGUUUUGGGUGUUUUUCUUGUGUCCUGGAUUCUGAAAAAAUUAAAGAAAUCAAUUCCUCAA